AUGUUGGAAGACAUACCAAAGAGAUGGGAGGUGCUAAGUGGCCAAAACAAAUGGAAAGACCUGCUUGAUCCACUUGACCCAGACCUGCGUCGCUAUCUCAUUCACUAUGGCGAGAUGGCUCAGGUUGGUUAUGACGCCUUUAACUGGGACCGUAAGUCUGAAUACUGCGGUGAUUGUUAUUACUCUAAGAGUCAAAUCCAUGCUCGAACUGGCUAUCUCAAAGCCAACCCUUUCAGGUACAAUGUGACUAAGUACAUCUACGCAACAGCUUCUAUAAAGCUACCACUCUGUUUCAUAGUCAAGUCUUUGUCAAAUAAAGCGUCACGUGUGCAGACUAACUGGAUGGGUUACAUUGCAGUAGCUACAGACGAGGGAAAGGCAAUGUUAGGGAGGAGAGACAUUGUUGUAGCUUGGAGAGGAACUCUUCAGCCAUAUGAAUGGGCUAAUGAUUUUGAUUUUCCACUUGAGUCAGGUGUCAAAGUUUUCCCUGUAACAGACACCAAACACGUGCCUCGUAUUGGAAGUGGUUGGCUUGAUGUCUACACAGCUUCUGAUGUCUCGUCUCCUUAUGACAAAACUAGCGCACGAGAACAGGUACAAGCAGAGCUCAAGAGACUGCUAGAAGUAUACAAGAACGAAGAAGUAAGCAUCACUUUCACAGGCCAUAGCUUGGGAGGAGUUAUGUCAACUCUAGCAGCUGCAGAUCUUGUACAUAGCAGGAAAAACAUGAUUGAAACAGGUCUUCAGACAAAACAAGUUCCUAUCACAGUUUUUGCUUUCGGAUGUCCUAGAAUUGGAGACCAAGACUUCAAAAAUGUUGUCAACUCACACAAACAACUAAACAUCCUAAGAAUAGUAAACGUUCCGGAUGUGGCACCAAAUUAUCCACUCUUAUGGUAUGCAGAAGUAGGAGAGGAACUUCAGAUCAAUACACUGAACUCUACUUACCUGAAACGGUCUCUGAACUGGAGGAACUACCAUAACCUGGAGAUAUACCUGCACGGUAUAGCGGGGAUGCAAGACAAAUCCGGGCUAUUUAAGCUGGUGAUUGGUCGGGAUGUUGCGCUGGUCAAUAAAGGAUUAGAUGCUCUGAAAGAUAAGUACUUAGUGCCAAGUACAUGGAGGUGUCUUGCAAACAAAGGGAUGAUUCAAAUGGAUGAUGGGACAUGGAAGCUGGAUAUCCAUAGGUAUGAAGAUGAUGGUGAUGACCCCAUAAAUAAGUAA